GGGAGCGGGGUCAGGACAGGCUUGCAAAGGAGCCAGCCCAACUCCCCAGCAGCGUGGGGAGCGGGGCGGAGGCGAGCCCCUGACCCCUCCCCUUCUGCUCCCCUCCCUCGCAGUCACAGUUCCCCCAGCGCCUGGGCAGCAGCUCUGGCGGGGUGGCCCAGCUGUAGCGCGGCCAGACGUGGUGCGUCCCGGGGAGUUCCGGGAGCAGGGGGAGGUUGCAGGGGGGUGGCCAAGGGGCCUGGUCCCUGCUGGCGGGGAAAGGGGCAGAGCAAGCAUCCACGUCCAGUAUGCUUGGUCCCUGCUCCCAGCAGCCGAGCCCAGACAGGGAGAGCAGCCAAACGAGCAGGGGAAACGCACAGGGAAAGGACGGAGCCCCCCUUUCCUCCACCCCACAGAUGCACAGAGAUGGUGGAGUGCUGUGCUGGAGGAAGGAGGGCACAAGAGACAUAACAGGCGGGCAGGAGAAAAGGUGAGAGGGAAUAACGGAAAGCAGCAGGAGCUGCAGGGAAAGAGGGGAGCCUCUUAUGUACCUCUCUAGCACCCCCAGGAACCUGGACUGAUUUAACACCAGCUUCUCAGGGAGCUUCCUGUUUCCGGCUGCUUCCCUGAACCCACUUGUGAAGAACAGGCAGUCAACUGAAGUAGUAGGAGCCAGUUAGGUCCUUAAGACGCUGAUAUCUUCCCUCACUCAGGGCCUGCUACCAGCCUGCUUAUUGUCCCCUUCAAGUGAGUGUUGAGAGCUACUAUAGCUGGCACAGAACAGCAGUCAUGAGUGAAAGAAGAAAACGCCCCUCUGGGGCAGCAUUCAGAAAAAGAAAGAAAGCAAAGGGAGCUUUUCUAUCUAAGCGGGAAGGGGCUCUCCUGAGAUACACAGACACAAGCAUUCACGGUGAGCCUUCCGGCCCCAGUGAGAAUAUACAGGUGACCUGGCAGCUACUGCAGCAUCCAUAUCUCCAUCUCAAAUGGAUGUAACCAUGCACAUUCCUGAAGAAAAGUGUAGAUCAGAGAAGAGUGUGGUGGAGGCACCAGAAACAGCUGCUGCUGAGUUUAGUUCCUUAAGUCGAGAUGAUCCAGGACUGUGGACCCACUUGAGCACUAGCUUGAGGGACUUCCUUGUACUGCAUGGGCCACAACAAGUGAAAAACUUCAUGUUCCACAAAGACAAUGAAAAUAAAAGCUUCCAUCCAACACAUUACUGGUGUGAAAUCCCCAAUGGUGACAAAGUGGAGAGGCCAUGGCUUAUGUACUCAAAAACCCAGAAUGCUCCAUACUGUUUUUGUUGCAAACUCUUCCAGUCUAAUGUUCCAGCCACAUUGGGUUCUACAGGAACAAAGGACUGGAAAAAUCUGUCUAGAAAUCUGGCAUGCCAUGAGAAGGCAGCAAAUCACCAGAGAGCAUUCCAUAGGUGGAAAGAGCUUGAGAUGAGACGAAGGUUAAAGGCCACCACAGAGGAUCAGCAUCAAGAGAAGAUUGCAUCAGAGUCUCUUUACUGGCAAAAUGUUCUGAAAAGGCUCAUUGCCAUUGUGAGAAUGCUUGCUACCCAAAACCUAGCGCUGUGUGGCAUUUCAGAUCAGCUGUAUGUGCCAAACAAUGGAAACUUCCUUAAAAUUGUGGAGCUGAUGGCUGAGUUUGAUGCUGUACUCCAGGAACAUCUAAGAAGAGUCACCACGCAAGAAAUGUGCAAGCACCACUACCUUGGAAAAACAAUUCAAAAUGAGAUCAUACAGUUACUGGCAACAAAAGUCAAACAGAAGAUUGUGGCAGAUCUGAAGUCAGCAAGAUAUUGCUCUGUUAUUCUGGGCUGCACACCUGACAUCAGCCAUAUGGAACAAAUGACUUUAAUGGUGCGUUUUGUAACAAUAGAACCUAGUGAAAAUGUCCCUGCAAUGGUGACUGGCAGAGAGCAUUUUCUAGAAUUUAUUGACAUUGAUGAUACUACAGGAGCUGGUAUGACAAAUGCGCUUCUUAAAAAGCUGGAAGAUACGGGAAUUGCGAUAACUGACAUGAGAGGUCAGGGCUAUGAUAAUGGUGCCAACAUGAGAGGAAAGAACAGAGGAGUGCAGACACGGAUCCAAGAGUUAAACCCUUGAGUUUUUUUUGUCCCAUGCAGUUCUCAUUCAUUGAACGUGGUGGUCAGUGAUGCAGCAUCAGCUUCUAGUUAGGCUGCUGAAUUUUUUAAUGUGAUUCAAAGCAUCAAUUAUUUUUCUCUGCAUCAACUCAUUGAUGGCAAAUUUUGACACAACAGCUGGGAACAUCCUCUCUGACACUGAAACCAUUGAGUGCCACACAAUGGGAAAGUCGAGUGGAGGCGAUAAAACCUCUCAAACACCAAAUUGGGAAGAUAGAUGUUGCCAUUAUGGAGGAUAAUGCUAUGACAGGAACUGUUCGUUGGAGAACAGUGGCAGAGGGAAAUGGAAUAAUCAGAAACAUACAUAACUUCAAAUUUCUGUGUGGCUUAGUGUUGUGGCAUGACAUACUGUUUGAAAUAAAUGUUGUAAGCAAGAGACUCCAAGGUGUUGACCUUGAUAUAUCUAGAGCAAUGGAAUAACUGGACACAGGAAAGUCAUACCUACAGUCUUACCGGUCAGAUGAGGGAUUUCAAAACAUUCUGAAGAGUGCACAGAAAUUGGCAGAGGAACUUCACACUGAAACUAUUUCCCACCCAUUCAAGAAUACAAGAGUCACCGAAGAAGACAUUUUGAUUAUGAGGCACAGGAUAAUCCCAUAAGAGACCCCAAACAACAAUUCAAAGUUGAAUUCUUUAACCAGGUGCUAGAUUGUGCAAUACAGUCAGUUGAAGAACGUUUCAUGCAGCUCAAGGAACACAGCAGUAUAUUUGGGAUGUUGUAUGAUAUUCCAAAACUCCUCACUAUAGCUGAAGAAGACCUACACUAGCAAUGCAGGGCACUAGAGACAGUGUUGACAUAUGCUGACAUGGGCGAUAUUGAUGCGAGUGAUUUAGGUGAUAAACUAAAAGCCCUUUCAAGAUACAUUUCAGCAGGAUCAACUCCAAAGACUGUUCUGGAAUAUAUGUACACAGAUAUGAUGACCACCCUCUUUCCAAAUGCUUUUGUUGCUCUGCGCGUACUUCUAACACUUCCUGUAACAGUUGCCAGUGGAGAACGCAACUUCUCCAAGCUGAAGUUAAUAAAAACACAUCUACGCUCCACAAUGACACAGGAGAGGCUGGUCGGCCUUACAGCCAUCUCAACAGAGCAUGAGCUGGCCCAGACUAUGGACCUUCAUUAAGAAGCAGUUCAAAUCUUUGCAACCAAGAAGGCGCGGAAAGCACCACUUUGAUUAUUCAAACAGAUAAAAUGCCCGUGUUUACUAUGCAGACAAGAGAAGUUACAUUUGCUGUUCAGGCAUUUGAAAGUUAAGUGUUACUUAAAAUUUUUGAACAAGGCAUUUUAAGUUGUUAGUUCUCCUUUAGUGGGGUAGGUAGCAGAGCAGUAACAUGAGAGGAGUAGAACAGGAAGAAGGCAGAACUGAGACCUUUCAAAAUUUUGGCCCCAGCAAGGGGGCAUGGGGGGUGCCAUUUGAGCUCCCCCGCCUCAGGUGCCAAAAUGUUGUGGGCCGGCCCUGGGCCUCAGGGCCUCAUCGGGUUUCCAAAAUUGUAUGGAGGGCCGGUUAGGGGGCCUGGCCCUCCACCCCAUCCAAC